UGACAUGGAGGAUUUCAGCUUCUAGCAGGUGUUUUCACCCUCUCAUGCUGAGUUCUAGAUGAGAGUUUUUUUUCCCGUCUUCUAACACACAUGUGCAAGGAUGCUAUUUGAAAAAUGAUCGAGUGUCAGUUUUUGUAAUAGGAGAGAGAAUACUUACAAACCGAUAACGAUGUGGGAGCACGUGUUGUUGGGGAGAAAUUUGAAUUUUUUUCGCCUUGUAGCACGCUUCGCUCUCGCUCACACGAGCCUGGAACAGAGAGAGAAACGUAUGCUAUAUAAACAGAAGUGAUGAGAGGAAAAUUAUCAUUUACAUCUGAGCCCGCUUCACGAUGAGUUCUCCAUCAUACAUCCUGUCGGAUAGCCCGCCGCAGCGUGUGCUCAACUAUUGGCAGCGCAAAGCUGCUGAGUCGUGUGCUGCUUCUUCUGCUGCUGCUGCUGCUGCUGCUGCACCUGCUCCACUGGUUCCAGCAUCACCAGGUAGGGAGAUCAUCGUCGGGGACAGCCCUAUUCAGCGCUUGGCUCCAGCACCUACCUGGGCACCAAGGCGUGCGGUGCUAGCUACCCUCACGAACAACAUCAAGCAGAAGCAGGCCAAGCGGAAGUUGGUGUUUGAGGACGAGCCUGAGGUUAGCGGGGAUGAGGAGGAGGAGCCAAUCUACUCACAAACAAAGAAACGAGCUGGAAUGGAGCAUGACUCCUCACUUGCCCUGCUAAUGAAGGAGGUGGAGGGCGCGGGAGAGUUGGACUUUGUGCAACUAAUCAACAAAUCACAGCCAAAACCAUGGAUCCUGCUGAGGGAGUUGAAGGAGCACACUCCCUACCCCAUCAUCGGAGCUCGAGAGGACACAAACCAGCACAGCCGGCGUGUAAUUUUAAAAAUAAGGAAUGCAGGAAGCAAAUGUGAGGUGUAUCUACCUCAAAGAUUUGCUUCCUGCAUACCAGAGAAAAAAUAGAACAUUUUAACAUCAACUGUAAAAAAUUAUGUGUUGCUAGUAACACAUAAGUCGGCAAAUUGGUCGGAUAUAAAAAUUGUUAUUGCUUAACAAUUUUUAUAUCUGUAUACAAUUCGUCGACCUAUGUGUUACGAAUUGUAUAGAUGUAUGUAUGUGUGAAAGUAGUAUUAGUAGCGAAUAAAUUGUGUACAUAUUUGAUAAAAAAA